UGACGUCAACCUGUCCUGUUCCUACUUCUUGCUAGUCCUCAGCAUAUGCUUCGAGUUGAAAAUUCAACGCAUACUUAUCUUUCCAUGGAAAUUCACUGUCCUGUUCUAACUUCUUCUUAUGGUACCUUUCAGUUUGUUACGCUAAAAAGACGCCCUCAAGGUUAUAUUUUGGUUUCUCUAGUUCGUGCAUGCCUACUACUACUGAUUCCAGCCAAUCAUCACUAUUAUCAGCCAACCUAUACAAAUUUGGGAUCCAUCCACCGGAAGGGUUGCAGGUUUCAGUACACGCUUCUCCUUGGUGAUAGAGACCGUAAAUGAUACUGAAUUUGGUGGUCACGGUGAUGGCGUCACUUUUUUCCUGGCCCCUUUUAGAUCUAAGGUUUCUCCAAUGUUUGGCGGUGGAUUUCUUGGCCUAAUGAGUUCACGCGCAGCUGAUCAGGAAUCGGAAGAGUAUACAUUUGUUGCAGUUGAGUUGGACACUCAUAAAAACGAGUGGGAUCCAUGUUCUAGUCAUGUUGGUUUCAACGUUAACUCGGUGGUAUCGGUGGAUACCAAGGCAUUUCAAAAUGGUAGUAUGAGGAAUGGAAAACACGUUAUUAAUGCUUGGCUAAGCUACAACUCGACUACAAAAAACUUGUCUGCUUCCUUAACUUAUGCUGAAAAUCCCGUUAUCAAUCGAAACUCUACUUUGUCUCAUACAAUUGAUCUAAGCAAGUACCUGCCGGAGACGGUUAGAGUUGGGUUCUCGGCUGCCAGUACCGGAACGAUUUUAGAGAACCAUAAAAUCCUUUCCUGGCAAUUCAAUUCCACCUUCAGAAAAGGAAACGGUGUUAACAGUUUGGUGGUGGGGCUUAUUGUUGGUUUGGAUGCUUUCGGCUGUUCGAUUGGUUUCGCUAUAUUUAUCUGGUGGAGCAUAAAGAGGCGCCGCGCAAGGAACUCUCAUCUUGAUGCAGCGAAUUCUGAUUCAUCUAUGGAUGAUGCAUUUGAGAAAGGAACAGGCCCGAAAAGGUUCUUAUAUAGCGAACUUGUUGAUGCGACAAAUAACUUCCACGAGGCAGGGAAACUUGGAGAGGGAGGAUUUGGAGGCGUUUACAGAGGGUUCUUAAGCGGUGUAAACUUGAAUGUCGCUGUCAAGAGGAUAUCAAAAGGAUCACAACAAGGAAGAAGGGAAUAUCAAUCAGAAGUCAGGAUAAUUAGUAAACUGCGACACAGAAAUUUGGUUCAGCUCAUAGGUUGGAGCCACCAACGAAAUGAAUUGCUUCUUGUGUACGAAUUCAUGCCAAACCGCAGCCUCGAUAAGCAUCUUUUCCGAGGAGUUCUAAAUUGGGAAGCCAGGUACAAAAUAGCUCUUGGUUUAGCUUCUGCGCUGCUAUAUCUACAUGAAUUAUGGGAACAAUGUGUACUUCACAGAGAUAUUAAAGCAAGUAAUGUCAUGCUGGAUUCAGAUUUCAAUGCUAAACUCGGCGAUUUCGGUUUAGCUCGGCUGGUUGAUCAUCAUUUAGGUUCUCAAACGACAGCCUUAGCCGGAACUCUGGGCUACUUAGCCCCAGAAUGUACAUAUACAAGUAAAUCAAGCAAAGAAUCCGAUGUUUAUAGUUUCGGGAUCGUUGCGCUGGAGAUUGCCUGCGGUAGGAAGCCGGUUGAACAAAACAAGGAAAACUUGGUAGAUUGGGUUUGGGAACUCUAUGGAAAUGGUAAGAUUGUUGAAGCGGCCGAUGAAAGGCUAAAUAUGGAUUUUGAUGGACAAGAAAUGGAACGUUUGUUGAUUUUAGGAUUAUGGUGUGCGCAUCCGGAUCCUACAACUAGACCUUCCAUUAGGCAAGUGAUGAGUCUUCUGAACCAUGAAUCCCCAUUGGUGAAUCUUCCAACAAAGCUGCCUCUUCCGGUAUAUAAUUAUCCUUAUGCACCCCGAGUGGAUAUGUGCAAGCUUGCUUUUGCUUCAGCUUGUGGUGAUUACUCGAAUUCGCAGACAAAUGGUAGCCAAUGUGGAUGCAGUAAAUGUUCAAAAGCCAAUUCGUCUCAGAUGUUGACGAAGACUUCUGCUGGUUCUUCCACAUCAGAAUCUCCCGUACAUCCUUGUUAGACCUGAUUGAUACACGCUAAUGUUCUAAACUCACUGUGUUUGCAGCUAGAGUUUGGGAUGAAAUUUACAUAAAAUUUCAGUAAACUUAUCAUUUAUGACUACUGUGCGAUGCACAAAAUGUUGUAUAAAUUGGCAGAAAGAUGAGAAUUUAGUAAUUCAUGGAUCAA